AUGGGCAAGAGAUUUGUCACUCCCAAAUCCCAAUCCCGACUGAUAGGUGUCGCCGACGAAUUCCUGCUCGAGUCACCAGACGUCCGUUCUACUCAGCCGGGAGGCUUCAUCCUGCAUCCGGAUUCCGGCGAUCGACAGAUGAGUAUACGGAGGAGCCUUGGGAAUGAUGCUUUACAAGUGGCUUCAAAGAAAGUUUCUGCUUCAAAGAGACAAAGUUUGAUGAUGAACAAUGGUGUGGUGUUAAAUGGAGAGAUGGAUCUUGGUAAUGGAAGUCAAGAAAUGGCGUAUCAAUCUAGAGGUGAGAAGGAAAAGAAAAUCCGGGAAUUGAGUGCUGAGCUGGAGGAUACAAAUAAAAAAUGUGAAGCAUAUCGUGCGAAUCUAUUGGCUGUUUUGAAAGAUAUGGAGGAACAGAAGCUGAAGCUCUCAGUUAAAGUGCAGAAUGCAAGGCUAAGCUUAAAAGAAUGAGUUGCUUUCAUCUGUUUUUUGGCCAAAAGCAUGUUUGCUUUGAUCUUUUUAACCUCCACCAAAAGUGAAACCCAUGUACAUCAAAAUCAAGCCACAUAUUAGUAGAAAUAUUUGUUGCAAUAAAGAAAUUCGGAAGGAAAUCUUGUUUUUCAUCAAUUGCCUUUUUUUCUUUGCCAUAAGAAUAUCGUCUUUGGAUCAAGGGACGUGAAACUAGAUUGUUGGUUCUAAAAAGACCGAAGAAAGUGAAAAGAAAAAAUUGGAUUGGGGUUUAGGGUUUAGUGUUUAUAUUUUGCUUGAUAUGAUAGUUGGGUAGCACAAGCACCUGUUUGAUUCCAAUUAAUAGCUUCAAAUAAAUUCUUGUG